CGCAGUAACCGUCGGGGUCCGGGAGGUGGAGGUGGCGCUGCCCGGGAUGCGCGAGAGCGCUGGCUGCGAAGGACAGGGUCGGUGCUGGACUCGGGGAAGAUGGACAUUCGCUGUGCGUCUGUUGUGGGCUGUGAGCUGUCACCUCCGGGGUCUCCCAAGCCUUGCCAGAAGAGGGUGGAGCAGCCUAGUUCAUUGCAAACAAGUGAGUUUGACUCAUCAGAUGAAGAUCCUAUUGAAGAUGAACAGACUCCAAUUCAGAUAUCAUGGCUACCCCUGUCACGAGUGAAUUGCUCUCAGUUUCUCGGUUUGUGUGCUCUUCCAGGUUGUAAAUUUAAAGAUGUUAGAAGAAAUAUCCAAAAAGAUACAGAAGAACUAAAGAGUUAUGGUAUACAAGACAUAUUUGUUUUCUGCACCAGAGGGGAACUGUCAAAAUAUAGAGUUCCAAACCUUUUGGACCUCUACCAACAGUAUGGAAUUAUCACUCAUCAUCAUCCAAUCCCAGAUGGAGGGACUCCUGACAUAGCCCGCUGCUGUGAAAUAAUGGAGGAGCUUGCAAUCUGCCUUAAAAAUAACCGAAAAACCCUAAUACACUGUUAUGGAGGACUUGGGAGAUCUUGUCUUGUAGCCGCUUGUCUCCUCCUAUACCUCUCUGACACAGUAUCACCACAGCAAGCCAUAGACAGCCUGAGAGACCUAAGAGGAUCUGGGGCAAUACAGACCAUAAAGCAAUAUAAUUAUCUUCAUGAGUUCCGGGACAAACUAUCUGCACAUCUAUCAUCAAGAGAUUCACUAUCAAGAUCUGUAUCCAGAUAAAAAGGAAAACUUCAAAUAGCAUAUACAAGACCAUGCCUGCAACCUAAGAGUUUGCUAACAUAAUGUGUACCAAAAUGAAGUAAUUUGUGAUAUCAUCUUGAUUGUAAAUGUCUAUGAGAAGAUAUUCUCUAAAGCUUUUAUUGAC